GCAAGUAGGUAUUUUAAUUUAUAAAUGGAGCAUAUAAAUACAAUUAGCUGUCUAAUGGAAACCAUUACAGUUACUUAUCGAAGUUUGAGUAGUUCGACUUUAAAAAAUGCAGACACACAUAAAUAUUAUUGACGCAUGCGCGCUGAUAGGGUCUUGAUUUCAUUUUGCCAACAUGAGGGUGAAAACGGGGUGGUUCGGGGUAUUGAUCUGGCGCGGUACCGGCGCGCCGGGGAUCUCGCUACUACGACCGUGCGCUCUAUAGAUACUCACAACAUUACUCCCACACUACUAAUCAAAUACCUAUUCAACGAGAUUUUUCAAACAUUUUGUGGUUCUAAGUGGUGUCGAUGUGCUAAAGUAUCACUGAACUGAUUUACUCGCAAUGGACACAAGCAGCAUGUCCACAUCAGGGCUACUGGAGUGGGAGUUCUCUUUACCAUCAGACCAGAUCAUCUCCCACGGCUGGUACCACGGCGCGCUCAGCCGCACCGCAGCCGAAAACCUUCUCCAACAGGACCGAGAGUUCCUAGUGAGGGACUCCUCUUCGCAACCUGACAACUACGUACUCAGCUGCCGUUCUAACGGACAACACCUGCAUUUCGUCAUACAACGGAUUGUCGUGCACCCUGAAACUGUAUACGAACGGUACCAAUACCAGUUUGAAGAUGAAGCGUACGACACAGUCGCUGAUCUGAUAACUUCCUACGUGGGAUCUGGUAAACCGAUAUCUGCCGCAUCUGGAGCACGCAUACAGUAUCCUGCCAAUCGCGUUGUUCCUCUAACAAAUUAUUUGCCUACCGACGAUGUCAAUUCUGUAGUGUCUCCCGUCGGCGAUGGGUCCGGGUAUGGCAAUCCCUACAGCUUGUACAGUCAUUUCGCAGCUAAACCAGGACUACAAAUGCGCGUACCAUUUAAAAAACAACGAUCUCAUUCACUUACACCGAUUGAUAUGAGCCAGCAUAACAAUCACGCUAAAAGUGCGAGUGCUGAUGGUGUUAUACAAGGCCAGAACAACAAACACGGAAAAAACUUUUCAGGCGACUCCAACUCUUCUGGGACAUGGGAAGCAAAUCUCCCCACCAGCCCACCAGCUAAGCCUGCCAGGUACGACGGCCCCAAGGCCGACGACAGACGUCUCGAGCUACAGAGAUUGUAUCACGUGUCUGGGUCUGACUCCGGCAACGGCUCCGGCGACUCCACUCAAAGCUCUGCUCACAGCGACCCCAACAAGUCACGGCUGGAGUCCGAGUAUCACAUUGUAACACCAACAAUAAGACAGCAGUUCGAUUACGACCUUACUGAAGCGCGACUACUGCAAGCUGAAAAUUUGGAUUAUUCUGUAGAAUCAAGGAUAAAUCUUGAAAAAUUUCAGUCACAGAUUAUAUCAUCAGGGUUAUCGAAGCCGUUGGAGUCGGAAACGUUACACACGAUCAAACUGCUGCUGAGGACGUCUGGUCCGCGGAUACUGGCCAACCAUUUGACUAAAGUCGAUCUACAUUUCCUGUUAGAAGACGCUCCACAGAUCGAGGGAAUUGAAAAGACAGCUUCAGGAUUAGAGCUAUGUUUCUUGCCGCAAGGGAGGUCUCUGCGGUUGGAUGUAAUAGAAAGGAUUGAAACAUUCCGCCUCCUGAUAGCGGUGACGAUUCUGACGUGUCAGACGGACAGGCAGCGCGCGGACACCAUCAACGACUGGAUCCUCUUGGCUGUGGAGACCAAGACGGCCUUGGGAAAUCUUUACGGCUUCUCAGCUAUCAUGUUCGGUUUGUGCAUGCCUCAGGUGGAGUGUUUGGAGAAUGCAUGGAACAUACUACGUCGUGUGUACACCGACAAUGCCUUCAUGUUCGAGGCGAAACUGAGACCCUGCUUCAAAAGCAUGAACGAGGGAACGAACCCGCUACCUCCCAACACUACUACUCCCUACGUGUUGCCGCCUGUGUUGUGCUUUCAUUUAUUUGAUGGCGACGGAGGGGGCCUCAUGCAGCCAGACGACACCUUCCCCGGCAGCUUGUUCAACAGCCUGGACUUCGAUUUCAACGCCACCGCGGCGCACCUCGAGGCCGCGCGCCAUUUCCCCGAGCAAGUGGACAUGUUCAAACGCAACGCCCGCACCGUCGUCCAGGAGAUGUCUUCUCUCGGCCCCACCCUGGAUCCAACCCUGCUAGAACUCUUCCGGACAGAGUUCCACAUAAACUUUCUUUGGGGCGAGCGAGGAGCCCUCACGACGCCCAAUCAGCGGUUUGCGCGCCUCACCGACAUCCUCACAGCGAUGGCCAACAAACUCGCGGUCCAACCGCUAGAAGACCAAGAAGUUGUGUGAAACCAAACUUCUCACGAACUAUCAUAAUCUAUCAUCGAAAAAGGCAAUGGUCAGAUUGCCCUAUUACGACAACGUGUCCUUUUCGGUAAAAUUUACAAUAUCUACUCGUAUUUGAUAAGAACGUACCUACCUAAUUCUGUAUAGUAAGUGAUGCACUAACAAUAAUAAUCUCAAUGUUAUUUAUGUCAGUUCCCAAAUAACGAAUUUGUAAUACGUUUGUAAGUAAAUCGUUUGAAAAAUAA